AUGGCACCCACCACUACUCACACUGCACGAUCAAUCCUUGAAUCAUUCUACGAUGCUGAGCGCAUUUACAUGGCUUCGCCACCUGACGAACGCGACUUCAGCGGUAUGGCAGCAUCUCUCUCGAAAGAAGUGCGCCUCAAACAAUCAUCUGGACUACCAUACGCUGGCGAAUACACUGGACCUGAUGGUUUCCAGCAAUGGGCAAAAGCUAUGGCCGACUACUUUGACAAAGUCGAUGUCCAGAACCCUGAGAUAUUCGAAAAGGAGGGCUCGAACCGCAUCAUUUCGCUCGGUUAUCUGCAUCUCAAGGUCCGCAAAACUGGGGAGGAAUUGAAGUAUCCUCUGUGCCAGGUCAUCCAGGUUGAUCUUGAGGCUGGGGUUAUCAAGAGUAUCAUGCCCUUUUAUUGGGAUGUGUAUGCUUUGAACAAGGCUAUUGGUUAUACACCAGAGCUUUAG